CCCCGUUUCUCCUUUGUUUCGUUCAGUUCUCUUCUUUACGCCUCUUUUCUUUUUUUAAACAUGGCUUCUCUAAAUACACGACCGAGAAGCGCCUUGUACUCCUUUGAGGCAAAGAAGGCUUACUUCGACAAUGAGUUUGUCAAUGAUCUCAAGCAGGACAAUGCCCUUCAUGUUCCUGAGCGUCCCAUCCACCGCUUGAGAUCAUGGCAGAACGCUUCGUUCUCUUCUACAGCUGAGACUGUUGUUGGUGAUGAUGAACUUGACCACCAUCAUCACCAUCAUCACCAUCAUCACCAUCAUCACAAGAAGGAUGCCCCUUUCUUUACCCUCAAUGUCAUCUCCGAACAACCCCCUACACCACCCGCAGACCCUAAGAUUCAUGACGAACCCCUCUUCCCAUCUCCUACAGAAAACCUCACUCCUCUCUUCAACCUCAAGACCAUCCCGUCAAAAGUCUCACCAUGCUCUUCGAGCGGUGACGACGGUGAGAGUGUCUGUCCUCUCGAGACAGACCCCAAGAAACUCAACCUUACUACCUCUGUCGCAGAGAAGUCAGUCGAGGCAGCACCAGUGCAUGCAAAUGACAGCAUUGAGACAUGCGGCUACCCCAAGAUCGAAGACCCUGUCGAUCCUGCUAGAAUCCUAUCACAAAGGGAUCUACGCAACCAAAGGGUCGCCUUCAUGGGGAUCAUCGUGCUUCUCAACAUCUGCAUGGCGAUCACUGCCUUCUUUGGUAAGAAGAGCAAGCUGAUCUUCGUCGUCAUCUUGUUCGUCAAGAGCAAGGAUUUCUUAUCGGCGAUCCUGUCUCCUACUGGGAUGAUGUACCGUGCUAUCUAUGAGAAGUUCUAUCCACCCAAGCCUGUCAGCCGAAAAUGGAUCUUGUCGCUCAUCCCUGCCUACUCUGAGAGUGAGGAGCAGAUUGUCAAGACUAUCUUCUCUCUUCGGGAUAAUGGUGUUGAGCCUCACAAGCAAGUCAUGGUCGUCAUCCUCGAUGGCAAGCCUCGAGAUGUUCGAUCACACAUGACAAGAAUGGUCCGCGAGUUCCAACGCCCCUACGUCUCCCUCAAGUGGAAGAAGGGUGUUUUGAAUGUCCUCGCCGGUUUCAUGGAAGAUGUCCCGGUCAUUGUCAUCGAGAAGGUCAAGAACGCCGGCAAGAAGGAUUCUCUCAUUCUCUGCCACGAUCUCUUCAACUUUCCUCGCGAGAAUUCACCUCUUUACACAAAGCUUCUACGAAAGGAGAUGUGGGAAGAGAUUCUCCCUGAGUUGACAAAGGGCGAGGACUUCAAGGGCUUUGACAUGGUUUUCUGCACUGAUGCCGACUCUACUAUCUAUAAGGGCGCUGUUGCUCUUCUGGCUAAUGCUCUUGCUCGAGAUGACAAGGCUAUUGCUGCUUGUGGCCUUGUCUUGGUUGAGCUUGAGCCUGGAUAUGAGUGGUCCUUUUGGAAUCUCUAUCAACAAUUUCAGUAUACAUUUGGACAAUAUGUCAGACGGCGAGCUGAAGGGUUCAUUGGAAAAGUCACUUGUUUACCUGGUUGCAUCACCAUGAUCGCAGUGAGACCAGAAAUGGCCGGUGCUAUUCGGAAAUACGCCGAACCCGUUACCGGUGAACUAGUCAUUAACCACCAAGUGCAAUACCUGGGCACUGAUAGACGACUCACCUACUCAAUGCUUUCUCAGGGUGAACAUCUUCGGACACUAUUCGUCCCUGAUGCCGUCAGUGAAACAGUUGCCCCCCAGUCACUCUUCCACUACCUAAGCCAAAGACGUCGAUGGGGCUCCAAUGCCUACUUCAACAAUUACUUCUAUUUGGCCGGCGAGAAGAUGAUCACCAUCACUCGCAUUGCUGCCUCCGUUGAAGUCAUCCGUCUGAGCUUGGUUUACUACCGCAUUCUCAACACAGCUUUGUUCAUUGCAAGCUGUGUUCGUCAUGUCUCUGCUCUCAAGCUUGUUCCGAUGCUGGUAGUCGGCCAAUUGCCCUCUCUCUGGUUCUUCUGUUCAAUCCUUCUUGAACCUGAGCUACGAAAGCGAGGACACAAGCUUGCGAUUGGAUACUUGAUCAACAAGUGUGUAUCACCAGUCAUGAGUGUCAUCAUCUUCACAAAGGUUGCCACCAACCUCGGAAGUCAAGUCUGGGGUGUAUCCGGUGUUACUGCAUCUUCUGCUCCCGUUGCUACAACUGCACCAGCGGAAGAAGAAGAAGGAACUAAGAUCUUUGAUGCAGAUGAGCUAUCUUCGGCUGAAAAGGGAGAAGCGCCUUUGUUGCAAAAGUCAGAAGAAGAGAUUGCCAAACCAGAGCGUUGUCGCCUCAAGGAUGAGCGAGCGGAUGUAGACUGCUAGAUUACUAGCGAUAGACCACUAGACCUAAAAGUUAAUUAGCAUAAUAUUUAAUGACAAC